GUGUUCGCUAAUAAGAAUCUCUGAACCAAAACAAAACAAAUACAAAAACAAAAUUUCCUCCAACUCAUUUCUGUCGCCUCUUUCUUCUCUCUCUCUAAAUCUCCGGCUCUUUAUUCUGACCCGCCGGAAAAAAAGUCAUCAAUGGGGGACGAUUACUUGCAACUCUUUGUGGACGAGACCACUUUCUAUAACCGCAUUGUGUUGCGCUUCUUGUUGCCCUCUUCUUUGUGGGAACCGCUCCCGCAUGUCCUUCAAACUUGGCUUCGUAACUACCUUGCUGGCUCUCUUCUUUACCUCAUUUCCGGAUUCUUGUGGUGCUUCUACAUCUACUACUACAAACGCCACGUUUAUGUCCCCAAAGAUGCCAUCCCUUCUAGAAAGGCCAUGCUAUUGCAAAUAUAUGUUGCCAUGAAAGCCAUGCCUUGGUACUGUGCCCUUCCAACUCUUUCAGAGUACAUGGUUGAAAAUGGGUGGACUAAGUGUUUCUCUAGAGUAAGCGAUGUUGGUUGGCUUGGCUACCUGGUGUAUCUAGCCGUUUAUCUUGUAUUUGUGGAAUUUGGGAUUUAUUGGAUGCAUAGAGAGUUGCAUGACAUAAAAUUUUUGUACAAGCAUCUUCAUGCAACCCACCACAUCUACAACAAGCAGAAUACUCUUUCUCCAUUUGCUGGUUUGGCAUUUCACCCACUAGAUGGUAUACUGCAGGCAGUGCCACAUGUUAUAGCACUCUUCAUAAUACCAACCCAUUUUACCACUCAUAUAGGGCUAUUAUUCCUUGAGGCUAUAUGGACUGCAAACAUUCAUGAUUGCAUCAACGGCAAGCUAUGGCCUGUGAUGGGUGCUGCCUACCACACCAUUCACCACACCACAUACCGUCAUAAUUAUGGCCAUUAUACCAUAUGGAUGGAUUGGAUGCUUGGAACCCUUCGCGAUCCCAUUGACGAUGUUGGUGGGAAAAUGAUGUGAUAUGCAUUUGCUAACCUUGAAUCAUCUUGGAAAAUAUCUGAUGUUUAUCUUUUGGUUAGACUUGCUGUUUGAUUGGUUUUUGUUCUAUGUAUGUGAUCUUUUGCAUGUAAAUCAUGUUGAUUGUAUUGUUCUUUAGUGUCCAUGACUACAAAGUUGGUGUUAGAGAAGAAAUAAGCUUUUCCGGUGCCAAGGGGAGGCUUCUACCCC